AAAUAUUCAAAAUGUUUACAAAUCUCGUGCUUAUCCUAACAGCAGCGGUACUUUCUUAUUCUUCUUCCGAGGAUUGCAGCACUGAAGACUCUCCUUGUGGAAAAUUCGAAACGCUCAACACCUGCUCAUCACCAUGCGCUAUCCCAGCCACCUGCGAUUUCCCCUAUCCCAGCACUACCAGUGACACGUGCAUAGAAAGAUGCGACACCGUAUGCGAGUGCAUACCGGAAUACGUUAAAAUUAACGAAAAUGGACCGUGCAUUAAAACCGAAGAUUGUCCUAAUAAAAACAGAUGCGGUGUAAACGAAGUCAUCGGCUGCGUUCAUUGCUGCGAGGUUACCUGCUUAGAUCUAAACAAAUGCGACGAGGUGAUUUGCCCUACGGUUUGCAUCGAAGGGUGCACCUGCAGGAAAGGGUUCGUUUUGGACAGACCCAAUGGGACGUGCGUACCGAUCACCCAAUGUUCUGAGUAAUGCCCUUUAUGGUCACAAUAAUGUUGUAUUUAAGUAAUGGUUUCUAACACUCUAUGGCCCUAUAUUGAGUCAAUGGUUCUAAUAAAGUGAUUUUA